UCAGUCAAUUCAGUUCAUCGAGAAAACUCCACGUUAAAACAUCACUUUCAAUUGCAAAGACUCAAAAAAAUAAAAUGCUACAAGCGAUAAAGUUCCUAAUCAUUAUUGUUGUAAUUGGUUUAUUAACAUUUCGAGGGGUUAGCGGUGCUCCACAAGCCAUUAGUACACAAAGUGAAAUAUUACAAUCGAAAGAAUUGAAAAAACAUUUGGAAGUAUUGAAGAUACAUCUAGAGGAUGCCAUUCAAAAGUUGAAUCAUAAUAUUAAAGCAAGACAGGCAGAAUUUCAAGCCGAAAUACAAACACCCGAUAGUGAAUACAUUGAAGCAGCUUUGGGAAUGCAACGUAAAGAUUUCAUAAGUGCCGCUGCAAUACCACAAAUACCGUUACCAGCUCAAACGAUGCGAAUUAAUCAAAAUAGUGGUCUUAGACGUUAAGCAUUUUAAGAAGAAGAAGAAGUGUGUGGGGUCAAACAUGUUUUUCUAAUGAUGACCUGCAUUUAGUUUUAGCAAUUUUAUUAUUUAGAUAUGUAUAAUUUUGUGUUUGUAAAGUUGUAUAGCUAAAUAUUAUAUAAGAAAACAUAUUUAUUUAAAACAAGUUAAAAAAAUUAUUACGAAAUAUUUUGCAAAAUAAAAUUAAGCUUAUUAAAUUAA